AUGGCGACACUCACCCUGUUAAUCCUCUCCUUCCUCAUCACCCUCACCACCCCUUCCCUCCUGAACGCUUCCCUCGCUUCCUCCUCCCAAACCGAUAACCCUUCCAUUCCCCAAACUUACAUAAUCCUCGUCAAGCCGCAAAACUUUAACUUCACCACUCAAGCCGCAAGAGACAACUGGUACGCAUCCUUCCUUCCAAAUAAAACCAUCAACUUCAUCAAAUCCCGCCUCCUCCGCACCUAUUCCGAUGCCAUCAGCGGCUUCGUAGCAAACCUGACUGUACAGGAGCUCCACCAAGUAGAGCGCCACCCGAGCUUCUUGACCGCAAUCCCAAACAGAAACCUCCGCCUCCUUACCACCCACACCCCCGCCUAUCUCGGCCUCUACCCCUCCCAAGGCUUCUGGAACUUGACCGCCAGCUUCGGCGCUGGCAUCAUCAUUGGUAUGUUAGACAGCGGCAUCCACGCCUCCCACCCUUCCUUCUCUCACGAUCAAGCCAUGCCCGACCCGCCACCCCAAUGGAAAGGCAUCUGCGAGUUUAAUUACACCGGCGCCUGCAAUAAAAAGCUCAUCGGCGCCCGCUCCCACACCCUUUGGAAAGACUUAAAAUCCCCUGACGACCUUUUCGGCCAUGGCACCCACACUUCCGCUACGGCCGCCGGGGCAUUCAUCCCCGGCGCAAACCUUCUCGGGAGCGCCAACGGCACUGCCGCUGGCCUCGCUCCACUCGCCCAUCUCGCAAUGUACAGAGUCUGUGAAACUGUGAUGUUCUGCUCCACCGACGCCAUUCUCGCCGGCCUCGACUCCGCUAUCAACGACGGCGUCCAUAUCAUUUCACUAUCUCUCGGUGGACCCUCCUACCCAUUUUACGAAGACGUCAUCGCUAUUGGCGCAUUUAAAGCUAUCAAAAAAGGAAUUUUGGUGAGCUGCGCAGCGGGGAAUGACGGGCCGUUUGAUACCACAGUCGGUAACGCGGCGCCGUGGUUGCUAACCGUCGGAGCGAGCACAACGGACCGAAAUGUUAGGGCCACGGUGAAGCUCGGCAACGGAGAAGAGCUCGACGGCCAGUCGGCUUACCAGCCUAAACGCUACAACGCGUCUUCGCUUUUGCCUCUCGUUAAGGGAAGCAACAACAAGGAUGUUACUAUGUACUGCUUGCCUGAAACCUUGCAGUCCAUUAACGUGCGGGGAAAAGCUGUGCUUUGCUUCGGUGAUAAUAGUGAAGCGUUAGAUACUGGUAUAGUUGUCAAAAAAGCCGGUGGUGCGGCCAUGAUAUUUGCUAACAUAAUACAGAAUGGCUACACAACUAUGGCCGAACCGCACGUCCUUCCCGCCUCUCAUAUCGAUUAUAACUCCGGCGUUCAAAUCCUAAGCUACGUGAACUCAACAGCCAAUCCUACAGCUUCCAUUAUUUUCAAAGGAUCGAUAUUUGGGGUAACUCCAGCUCCAACGGUCGCUAGCUUCUCUUCUCGUGGGCCGAGUUACAGAACCCCAGGAAUUUUAAAGCCCGACAUCAUCGCCCCAGGGGUGAGCGUGCUUGCGGCAUGGCCGUUUAAGGUCAGAUCAGAAUCAAAUAGGUUAACGAACAUGAAUUUUAAUAUGAUUUCAGGGACAUCGAUGGCCACUCCGCAUCUCAGCGGUAUUGCUGCUCUUCUAAAGAGUGUUCACCGUGACUGGUCAGCCGCUGCAAUCAAGUCCGCUAUCAUGACAACGGCAGACACGAUAGGGAACGAUGGGGAGCCGAUAAAGAAUGAGCUGCACGAACCCGCGAGCUUCUUCGACUUCGGUGCCGGCCAAGUGAACCCGUUGAAGGCAGCUGAUCCCGGCCUGGUUUAUGAUCUGACGGUCGACGAGUACACAUCGUAUCUGUGUGGUUUGGGGUAUACGAAUGCUGAGGUGGAAGUGAUAACAGGUACUAACGUGUCAUGUGAUGAGAUUAAGAAGAUCAGUGAAGCUGAGCUGAAUUAUCCGUCGAUAUUGGUUAUCGUGCCGUCGGAGGGAAUUGAGGUGAGGAGGGUGGUGACGAAUGUUGGGGAGGCGAGCUCGUGCUAUAAGGUGAAACUGGAGAUGCCGGAAGAUUUGGAGGUUGGAGUGGAGCCCGAGAUGUUGCAGUUUACUAAGGUGGGUGAGAAGCAGGGAUUUACAGUGCGGAUCAAGGCGAAGAGCUCGGGGCUGACAAAUGCACAGGGGAGCUUGAAGUGGGUUUCGGAUAAACGUGUUGUUCGGAGUUCUGUUAUCGUGUCGACUAAGUAG